GGCGAUCGAAGUAUCGCCGAUCGUUGAAGGUUGAAGGAUCCACGCGAUGUCUGAAACCAAAGCGAGGGGCGUGACGACACGAACCUGCAUAGAUGCGGUCGGAGGGCCGCGCUGCACCUCCGAUGCAUCGGCGAUGCGGCUCGAUGUGGGGCCCGAUUUUCUUCGUCCAGCUGUCGCCGAUGCAUCGCCGAUGCAUCGCCGGCGUUGCCGAUGUAUCGCCGAUGCAUCGUCGGUGCGGCGCGGUCGUCCGACCACAUCUCCUCGGACCCCAUUUGGGAGGCCUUUAGGUUCGUGGCCAGCGACGCCCGCGCCGUUGUCUCCGUCGGUGAUCAGCGCCGCCGCACCCGCACGCUGCCGGGGUGCUGUCCCCGCUGGGGUGAGGUCUUCAACUUCAACGUGCACGCCGUGGACACGGCCCUUCGGCUGGAGGUGUACCGCCAGCAUGUGGCGAACGCUGUGACGAACGGCCUGGUGGACGACUUGCUCGAAGAUAAGCUGGUCGGCCUCGUGGAGGUACCCUUCUUGGACCUCGACGAGUGGUCCGGAAGUGACAUCGGCCGCGUCUUGGAGAACCCCAAGGGGGCCGAGAUGGAUUCCGAGUCGUGCAUGCUGAUCGAGUUCCGCGCCACGCUGGACUGGUAUUGAGUCGAGUUGCAUGGAAUUCGGUCGAUGGCGUUCCACACGUGCUCGCUCCCUGGGACAAAGUAGUGCCUCCUGGCUCCUCCUGCCCCUGCUACCGCUGAAGAGUCUCUUUGAGCUGUGACGCGCCUGCGUCAAAACAUGGGCCGAUAGUAGCGUUCUAUAUUCGCCGUGGCACGGCCCAGGGCGUAAAGUGGAAACCCAUGCCAAGAAACACCCUGCUUGCCUCCAGGGUGCCUUUGGUUGAUGGUUUUGCUUUUUAACACGUGACGUUCCCAC